CGCCCCCUCUUUACUGACCUUCCCCGUUUCCUUUCGCCGACCCUCGGCACUAUCAGUAUGGCAGCAGCGACGGUUACGGAUACUGUCGCAAUAGGCAAGGAGGGAUCAGAGCCCUCCGUUCAAUCGUUGCCGGUCUCGUUGCAGGGCAGCCGAGCCACGCUAAGCUUCGACCAAUCCCUCUUCUGGCUCACCAAGUCCGGCGGCAGUACCAGCAGUAGCAGCAGCAAGGCCCACGUCAAUGACCCGAGCUCGGCCUUCACCUGCGUACCUCUUGACCUAGUGCUCAACGCCUCCUUCGUCGAAGACUCGGACGGGGGCUCGCUCUUCAUCCGGCUGUUGGCUCCACCAUCUCAUCAGUCAAAUCCACUCCUCCCUUUUGGCAAGGUCAAGUCAGCAGCAAGCGAAGUGGCGGCAGUCCAAAGGUCCUUUGGCCCUACUACAGGCUCCACCACGCCGAAAGUCCGCUCCGAGCGCCUGCUCCACCAGUUAGAAGGUCCAUGUCAGAAGCUGAAGCUUCUCAAAAUCGAGGCGAGGGCUUCAACAGAUGCAGGCUCCGCCCUUCAGUGGGUUGAGGAGCUCAUGGCUCGGUCGUAUCGGGAUGUCAAGCCGUAUCGUCGACUCAAAGUCCUCGUCAAUCCAGUUGGAGGUCCAGGCAAAGCGCGUCAGCUGUUUCAGACAAGAGUGAGACCGAUCCUGGAAGCUGCAGGCUGCAAGCUCGAUGUACAGGUCACCGCACGGGUCAACCACGGUACAGAUAUCGCCAAAGAACUCGUCCUCGAUCAGUAUGAUGCGGUGGUCCUGGUAUCCGGAGACGGACUCGCGCACGAGGUACUCAAUGGCUUUGCACGCCGAGCCGAUGCGGCCCAGGCGCUCAGGAUGCCAAUGUGCCCUAUCCCGACUGGCAGUGGGAACGCGCUCGCUGUCAACCUGCUAGGCGCAGAGCAUGGUUUCAACCUGGCAUUUGCGUCCCUCAACGCCAUCAAGGGCAGGUCUCUGCCGCUGGACGUUUGUGUGGUCACUCAGCCAAAGGCAGUCGAUCGAUCAAAGAAGAGCUUGUCCAGAAAGACGCCUUCCGCAGUCAGUCAAACUCAAGCUACGAAUCUGGAAGUGGAGCCCUCUACUGCUCAGACAGACGCAACGGCAACACCCCUUGCCUCGGCUCCUGAUUUGCCAUACGACCAGUACUACUCAUUGGUAAGUCAGGCAAUUGGCCUCAUGGCCGACAUCGACCUGGGUACCGAGCAUCUGCGAGCUAUGGGAGACACUCGCUUCGUGCUGGGCUACAUACAAGGUGUCAUCGCAAAUAAGAAGUGCCCCAUCGACAUCGAUGUCAAGCUCGGCAGAAAGGGGAGCAAGGACAAGCAGGAGAUGAGGGAAAAGGUCACAAAGUUCAACGAAAGAGGUCAAUGGAGUGAAGACGCGAUCGAGACGAAUGGUACAUCAACACGCGAAGAGUUGGCGUCAGAGAUGCCUGCUCUUCGGCAUGGCGUGGUGACAGACAAAUUGGAGGAGGACGGCAAGCCUCUGCCCAUACUUUCCGCUCUGGAUCCGUCCUGGCCCCAUAAUAUUCUAUCGAAGUCUGCAGGCUCGCCACAGCCUUCUGUUGAUCCGCCCGCAGAGACGUGGGUUCGCCUUUCAGCGCCGGUCUCAACUCUCUAUGCCGGCAAGAUACCUUUCGUUUCUCGAGACCUCAUGCAAUUCCCCUUUGCACUUCCUGGCGAUGGCACUGUCGAUGUUGCCCUCAUUCUUCAUGAUGGUGGCAGAGCCGCCAAACUACGCGCAAUCAACGAUGCAGAGAGCGGCACAGUGGUCUAUGAUUCUGCAGUCGUCUAUCUCAAAGUAGAGGCCUACCGUGUGACGCCUCGCUUGGCAAGUGGGGACGCGACUUUAAAGAAAGGAGGCCUUGUGUCCAUUGACGGUGGUGAGUGACCUCAUGCUGGCGACGAGAAUGAUCGGAGUAUCUUCUAACCCUUACACGCCUCUUCCCCAGAAUCGCGGCCGUAUGCUCCAUUCCAGGUCGAAGUCUCGCCCGUACAGGCACAUACACUCUCACUUUUCGGACGCUUCAAUGUAGCGCUGCCGAAUGUACCGGAUCCCAACCGCAAUAGCAAAUGACUUGCCGAGCUGGCCCGUCGGUGGCAGCAACCGAAAGCCCCGCCGACACAAUCUUUGCGACCAAUUGUGCCCGUUUGGCAUCACCACGUCGCUCCGCUCGCAAUUGCGCUCGUGCUAUCCAGUCUGUGCUUCUUGUUGCCUCUGGC